UUUCAUCUUCGAAUCACUUGAUCACAAUCAUUCAAUUCUCUUCAACUUCUUCUCUCCAUCUCGAAAAUAGUCAAUUGUUGAUUAUAUUAUUUUCUCUCUUCGAAUAUUUUUUAUCACUUUUUGUUCUAAUUAAUAUUAUUUUCUUUCAUCUAAUCAACUAAUUCAAUCAAAUUCAAAAUGAAAUUUUCUUACGUUCUCUUUGCUAUUGUCAUCGUCGCCGUUUGUGCCCGAAAUGUCCGAGAAAAGCGUCAAGCCAACACUUUAUUAUUACCCGAUGGAAUUGAGUUUAUUUUAAAUGCUCCUUUGGUGUCAAAGUUCAGAUGUGAGGCCGCUGGUUAUUACGCCGAUAUCGAUAACAAUUGUCAAUUGUUUCACAUUUGCGAUGCUUCAACUAACCCACGAGGUGUUGCUGAGAUCCGUCAAUACACUUUCGCCUGCGGCAAUCAAACCAUUUUCAAUCAAUUGACUCUUACCUGUUCAACCCCAGAGGAAUCAAUUCCUUGCGAAAUCGCCCCACAAUUUUACGCCAUCAACUCGAAACUCGGUCUCGAAAAGACUCCACUUCACACCGAAGAAGAUCUUACCAAUGCCGCUCAAUACAUUCCCUCUCGAGCUAAAUUGGCCAAUUAAUCAACUAAAACAAUCAACUACUAACAACUUAUCAACACUCUAAAAGUAGAAAAUUAAUCAGUGAAGAAAAAUGUAGAUCGACAAACAAAUAAAGAAGCUGUAAAAAUAAAGAAAAUGUAGUUUUCGCGUUCAGAACUUAAGUGAGAGGGAGAGAAAAGAUAUUCUUAUUGUGCCUUAUUAUUAUUCUUCGAUAGCCAAAAUCAACUCUCACUUUCAUCUCCUGUUUCCUCAUCUUCCUCAUCCGAAUCUCUCCUCUUCCCCUGCAACUCAAAUCCUCUUUUUGUUCAAUAUUAAUGUAAAAAAAUAAAAUAAAAAUGAUUUCCAUUAACCUUGA